AAUUGCAAGGAAGGGGAUUGACAAAUACACCCAUGAACUUUAUCUGAAAUACCCAAAAAGUUAGCGUCGAUGCCCACCCGCAAGCCAUGGUUUGUUCGAUCUUUCCAAAGCUGUGCCUCUCUGUGUGUCUAUAAGAAGACAGAGGCUCAAUGAAACCCUAGAUCUUCGAAAGAGAUAACUUUGAAGCUUUUGUUUCGCUCUACAGAAAUUUCCACAAUGGCUGAUAGCAAUGCAUCUUCUAGUUCACCUGAAGAAACUCCCAACCCCAAUCCUGAUGGAAAUGCACCUUCAGAUAGUGAUCUUGCACUUGAUACAAUAGCUAGAAAGGUUCAAGAAUCACUUACUCUUGGAACAAGACAUAAAUUUUGGGAAACUCAACCAGUAGGGCAAUUCAAGGAUAUUGGGGAUACCAGUUUGCCUGAAGGCCCUAUUGAACCUCCAACACCUUUAUCUGAGGUAAAACAAGAACCAUACAACCUCCCCAACCUUUAUGAAUGGGUGACUUGUGAUAUUGACACUGAAGAGAUGUGUACUGAAGUUUACAUUCUCUUGACUAAUAAUUAUGUCGAGGAUGAUGAGAACAUGUUCAGAUUUAACUAUUCUAAGGAGUUUCUUCGCUGGGCUCUUCGUCCUCCUGGCUAUUUCAAGAGCUGGCAUAUUGGUGUCCGUGUCAAGAGCUCGAAGAAGUUAGUUGCUUUCAUCACUGGCGUUCCUGCAAGAAUCCGAGUUCGUAAUGAGAUUGUUAACAUGGCAGAAAUUAAUUUCUUAUGUGUUCAUAAGAAGCUAAGAUCAAAAAGACUUGCUCCUGUCAUGAUUAAGGAAGUGACAAGAAGAGUUCACUUGGAGAAUAUGUGGCAAGCUGCUUAUACUGCUGGAGUGGUUCUUCCAACACCAAUAGCAACCUGUCAAUAUUGGCACAGAUCUUUGAAUCCUAAGAAACUGAUUGAUGUCGGUUUUUCUAGGCUUGGUGCGAGAAUGACUAUGAGCAGAACAAUCAAGCUGUACAAGCUACCGGAGUCAACUGCUACUCCGGGGUUUAGAAAGAUGGAGCUCCGUGAUGUUCCUGCAGUUACUAGACUAAUUAGGAAAUACUUGAGCCAGUUUAUUGUUGCACCUGAUUUUGAUGAAAAUGAUGUAGAGCACUGGCUUCUGCCAAAAGAAGAUGUUGUUGAUAGCUAUCUGGUUGAAAGUCCAGAAACCCGUGAGAUCACUGAUUUUUGCAGCUUCUACACGCUUCCCUCCUCUAUCCUUGGCAACCAGAAUUAUUCUGCGCUGAAGGCAGCUUAUUCGUACUACAAUGUUUCCACAAAGACUCCUUUGAUUCAGUUGAUGAAUGAUGCUCUAAUAGUUGCAAAACGCAAAGACUUCGAUGUGUUCAACGCGCUCGAUGUCAUGCAAAAUGAAUCUUUUUUGAAGGAGCUGAAAUUUGGACCUGGUGAUGGGAAACUUCACUAUUAUCUAUACAACUACCGGAUUAGACAAACGCUGAAGCCCACAGAACUUGGUCUUGUGCUUCUAUAGUUUGGAAUUCUGAUUGUUGCAUUGGCCAAUCAAAGGUUUCUGUUCUUCAUAGAUUUUUUACCUUUUUUCGGUAAAACUUGCUUACAAUUUUGCUUGUAAGCUUGUGAUAACUGUGACAAACCUAGAUUGUAGAUUUCAUUGUGCUAUUUAAACAAACCAAAUUUAGUCAGUUUUCUUGUGACA